AAAAACCAUGCUAAUCUUUACACUUCCUUGAUGAAGAGGAAGAAAAGUUAAUGUGUUGACGCGAUUUUGGUAAAUUCUAAUCCCUAAUCUGAGAAUUUCCCAAGUAGAGCUUCAUUACGGUUCAAAGAAACAGAGAUUUAUAGAACUGACAGAACACCAAAUCGACCAUUACGUGGUUUUUAAAAGCAUGGUUUUGACAAAUAAGAGAUAAGAGCCAUGGCUGCGAGGUUCAACAAGCCCUCAGCCUCCCCGUUCUUCUACGGGAGGAUCACCAGGGAGGAGGCAGAGUAUUUCCUGAGGGAGAGGGGCUCCGAAGAGGGGCUAUUUCUGUUGAGAGAAAGCAUUAGUCCACUGGGAAACUACGCCAUUAGUAUCUGCCACAACAAUAAUGUCCAUCACUACAGUAUAGAGAAACGACUAGAUGGUCAGUUUAUGAUUGCGGAGGGCAAGCCCUUCCCUGGCCCUUUAGAACUCAUUGAACACCACAAAACCACCAUCGAUGGUUUCGUCACAAAACCAACAAAAGCUUGCAACCGUGCCAAAUUUCAACCUGCAAUUGCCUUUAGGGGGAUGACAUACACUGACCUAGAAAAUGAACUGCUGAAAAAAGCAGAGAAAAUGAAGAAUGUGCGGAUGGAGACUGCCCUGGGGGCCCAGAGGGACCACCUGAUGGUCAUGGUGGCCAAGGAUCUCCAUACACAGAUGCCGUGGUUCCACGGGAGUAUCAGCCGCGACGAGGCAGACCGGAGACUGGCAGCCGACGGACACGACGACGGAAAGUUCCUAGUGCGUCUCCGAGAGGACAAGAAAACCUACGCUCUGUCUCUCAGCCACAAAGGCGAAACCAGGCACUACAUGAUUGAAAAGAAGGAUAAAUUCCACAUUCUAGGGGGACCAAAGUUUGACUGCAUCAUGAUGAUGAUUGACCACUACCACAACAAGGCUGACGGACUUCUGUGUAAGCUAGCUGUGCCAUGCCCAGCCCCCAACUACGACAAAGGCAAAUGGAGAAAGUACAUGGAUUAUAAUUGUAGUAACUUGGCUUAUGGGUCAACUGAUCAGUUCUCCAGGUCAUCAGAUAUACAGGAUGGACCUGGUGUCCCUUCCUUCCCUGCCCCCCAGCCCCCUGUGGGUAGCUCACCCCCUGUCCCUCCAUCUCGUCCAACUGGUCGACGAUCGUCCAAUCGAGUUCGAGCCCCACUGCCUCCGCUACCUCGAGGGAUCAAGGACGAAACAUGGGAAGAACAAGAUUUUCCGCCUGAGCGACAUAGGUCGAUGCAUGGCAUUGAUGCUAACAAUUUGAUGAAGAUUUAUGACACUGUGCCAAGAAAUGACGAGAUGUUCUCUCUGGAAAGACGUCAGAUAAAGCUGGAUCAAGAAAACCUAGGCUCUGGGCAGUUUGGCUCCGUGGCCAAGGGAGAGUGUACCCUCAGGAAUGGCAGUGUGAUCCCCGUCGCCGUCAAAACUCUCAAGAAUGAGGACAUUGGUGCCAAAGAAGAGAUGCUGAAAGAGGCUCGAUUUAUGAUGAAUCUGAACCACAAGCAUAUAAUUAGGAUGAUCGGUAUUUGUGAUGCAGACUGUGUGAUGUUAGUCCUGGAGCUAGCCCCUAAAGGGCCCCUGAACUCAUUCCUUAAGAAUAACAAAGAUAUGAAGCAAUCAAACAUCGUGGAGAUCAUGUGGCAAGUCGCCUCAGGAAUGGCCUACCUGCAGCAGAAGAAGUAUGUCCACAGAGAUUUGGCCGCGCGUAAUGUACUGCUGGUGGAUGAACACACUGCAAAAAUCAGUGAUUUUGGAAUGUCCAAAGCAAUGUCCAGGGAACAGAACUAUUAUGAGGCUCAGAAUGCUGGGAAAUGGCCGCUGAAGUGGUAUGCUCCAGAGUGUGUGUAUUAUUGGAAAUUCGACAGCAAGUCUGACGUGUGGAGUUAUGGUGUGACCUUGUGGGAGGCGACAUCUUAUGGGGACAAGCCUUACAGGGCUCCAUGCUGCAAUAAGACUUAUACCUGUCGAGUGUGCCACGAUGACAAAGAGAACCAUGAACUUAUUAGGAAAAAGGUGAUGCAGGUACAUUGUCUUACCUGUAAAAGAGUUCAACAGGUGCAAGGUUCCUGUGAGGAAUGUGGUACAAAGUUUGGGAAUUACUUCUGUGAGAUCUGCCGUCUCUAUGACGACGAGGACAAGCAGCAGUUUCACUGUGAUGGAUGUGGCCUCUGCAGGGUUGGAGGAAGGGAAAACUUUUACCACUGCGAUGUUUGUGAUGUAUGUCUGUCUAUUUCCAUGAAAGAUAAUCACAAGUGUAUUGAGAAAUCGUCCCACUCAAACUGUCCGGUGUGUCUGGAGGAUCUUCACACAUCCAGAAUUGCAGCCCAUAUUCCACCCUGUGGUCAUCUAAUUCACUACAAGUGUUUCAAAGAUAUGCUCAAGACUGGUAACUAUGCGUGCCCUAUCUGUGGUCAGUCAAUGUUGGACAUGAAGGAGGUCUGGCAGAAUGUGGAUGAGGAGGUUUCCCAGUGUCCGAUGCCCGAGGAGUACCAAAAUUAUUACGUCCAGAUCCUUUGUAAAGAUUGCCAUGAGGAGAGUCGUGUACUGUUCCAUGUGCUUGGUCUGAAAUGUCAGCAGUGCGGGUCGUACAAUACCUGUCGUACCCAGGAACCGGAGAGUGCAGAGGGGAGUGAGUAUACACCCCCAGGCGUCAACGCUAGCACCACCCAAGGUACAACAGAAACUUCAAUAAAUGAUCAGGCAGAGAGUAACCCCUCGGCAUCCUCAAAUAACGCUGCAAGAGGCUCUAAUCUAACUGAAUUAGUCAGUGAUCUAGAGAUCUCUGGGGCACAUGCCGGGAAUUUUACCGGUAGCUCUGCCAGUAAUACUUCAAAAUAAAAGAUAAAUUGCAUGACAGAUAUUUAAGUGGUGUAGCUAAGCAUGUUCAUAUAUUUGUUAUUAUUGCGUUGUAUGAAAUUUUGCAAAUUUUUUCUGCCAGUAAUACAUGUGUUCUGGUUUAUUUUGGUUUUUCUUUUUAGAAUUUUCAAAUAGUGCAUUUAUUUUCUAAAAUUGCCUUUACCAAAUGUGGAGCUUUUUCUCCAGGAUUCAAACUCCUCGCUUUGGUAAGGAAUGGUCUGUGAAACAAGAUAUACCAAUCUUCCCUUUUGAUUGUGGAAAAUAUUUCAAAUGUUGAUAUAUACAUGUACCAUGUUUUUUGAAGAUGUUUCAUUUUCAACUUGGACAGUUAAUAGUUGUGUUUUUUUAACAUCUGUAUCUGUAUGUGACAAUACUCAGAGCCAGUUACUGGUUAGAGAUCACAGAGUAUUGAUUUAUAUCUUUUGUUUUAUAUGUGUAUGGUAUUUAUCAUGUCUUUAGAUAUCGGUGAAGAGUAACCUGUACAUGACAGUACACAGAAUCAAGAUUUCCAGUGAUAUUGGACUAUUGUAUAUUCGAGGUUUUUUUUUGUAUAUCACAAAAUUUGCAACAAAUGAGGAACAUGUUUUAAAAUAUGUCAGUCAUUUUAUGAGAUUUCAAAAGUUUCUUAUGUAAAGAUAUUAUGAUUACUGCGCAUUUGGGAGUAAAAAUGAUUGCGAAAAAUUGAAAUUUAGAUCAUUUAAAAAAUUACCGGAUAUACUGUAUAUCAACUAUUAUUUAUUAUAUAUUCAAUAUGUAUACAUGUAUAUUUCUGUUUGUUGCAAGUACACAUUGGGGAUUGCCAUUGAAUCUCAAUGUAUGCUUGUCAUAUUAAGGUGGUAUGGGACACUUCGAUGUUGUGACGUAUUGUUUAUCGAAAUAAACAAUAAAACCAAGUGAAGUUAUUUAAGUAGUUUCUUUCCCAAUAAUGUCACCUAUCACCGUAGCGCAGUGGGUUAAAGGGUUUACUAUGAACCUGUAAGUCAUGAGUUCAAAUCCCAUCGGAGGUUUUACAAUUUUUAACUCUCCAAAUUUUUUUAAAAGCAAUUUUUUCAUUAAAUGUUGUAAAAUUUGAAAAUUCUAAACCGGUGAAAGUAUUUCAAAUACAUGUACUUUAAUCCAUGGCCAUAUUAAUAUUGGCAGAUGUCCCAUACCACCUUAAGAAUUAGUUUGAUAGGUUUGAUACCAGAACAAAAUUUGUACUGUGAUACAGACUGCAUUUCUAAGUCAAUGAGUUGUAAUUGACAAAGAUUCUAGUCCUGGCAAGACAAGUAGAUAGAUAAUCACUGAUUUUUUUCACACUAAUGAGUUAAGCAACUGAUUCUGAGUGUCUAUAUUAUUGAAAUGAAGUGUUAUUGUUAUGCUUGUAUUUUAAAUGGUUAUGUGUACUUUUAUUUUGCCAAUAAAAUAGGAUUUAUAAAGACAAGUAAUUUAUGUAACAAUUUUAAAAGUUCAUAUUGUUAAAGCUUUGCUAUUCAUAAUGUUAAAGAUAAAUGUGUGAAAUCAAUGUUUUUUUG